AUGCAUUUCAAGGAACGAUUCUUGAGACAGGCUGAAGUCCUGCAAGAUCUAUAUGGCGUGGCCUGGUUCCGAGAUUUUGCAGUCAAGACGAAAGCGUAUGCUGCCAUUGCUAGCACCGAUACUGCUGCUCAAAACAAGUUCAAGGAUGAUAUCUUUGAAGCCAUUCUUGCAACAGGUUUUCUAUGCAACAGCGAUCAAACGAGAACAGCUCCUCUGAUGCUGGAUCUUCAGACGAACUAUUGCAGAGAAGUGGAUUAUUAUCCAAAGACGGUCAGCAAAGCACAAGAUAUGUUGAAAAUUCACAUGGAA